AUGAUCUUGACCAAAACCAAGGGCCUGGCCAUGGUGUACUACAUCACGAACUACGCCACCAAACUGGAUACGCCGAUGUGGAAGCGCAUUGCUCGCCACCGAGGUCCCACCCUGCCCGACGACAGGCAGCAGGCAGUUUUAAACAAGAGCCGUCAGUUCCUGAUGAGAACGGCAAAUCGGAUCUUCUCCGAGCGACAACUCUCGGCCGUCGAGGUCUGUUACCACCUCCUUGGAUAUGACACCGACUUUACCAACGUGCCGCAUUGGUCGUUCCUGAACUUGACGGCCCUCUACUGGACAAUCUUUCGGCUAUGGGCACAUCUCCGCCACCAGGCCGGCGAGCUGACGGACGCUGAACAGCCCCCCGGAGACCAUCCCUCUGAGGCAAGGAGGGCGAACGCUUCUAUGCUUAGAUGCGAUUCCGACUGUGACGGCUGGAUGCAAAAGCUUCGACGGCCCGACCAGUACGCCGUCCCGAUCUUCCAAGGAUACAUCAGCGACGACCAUGACGACGAUCACCCAGUGUAUAUUAAGCGAAAUUCUGUCCUACAUUUGGCGUUAUUCGUCCCUUGGGAAAACUUCAUUUCUGAGAGCCAAGGCGAUAUAACCGACAUAUGGACGACGCAUCGAGCGCGGCUUUGUCCCCGCCUCCGUUUCUACGUCUCCAACAUUUGUCUUUUGAGAAAGUCUGCCGAGGACGCGCGUAAAGACGCGAAGCUCUGGGCCACUCGAUCGGAGGGUGACGACACAAUUGACGUCGAGUACCCACUUGACGAUGGCCGCUACGAAGAGGAGCCUCCAGCGAUGGCCCAUCGUCAGGCCUACAGAGCUCUACUCCAGAUUUUGCGAAAUGCCGUGCAAGAUACAGACGCCACGAAAGACUCCCCCGUCCUUGGAGGUUUAAUACGCGACCUGUGCGAAGAGAACCCGGCUGAAGAAGAACAGCCUUUUGUGCUACGUCAGGACGAUCUAUACCGGAAUAUACCCCAUGAUCAAGGUGACGCCUUGUGCCAAUUUCCAAUCUCUCGAGACGAUGUCCAAGCAGCGGCCAAAGCCCAACGACUAUUGCAUCUUCGGAUGCUGGAUGAUAUCGAGGCUGGUUCUCAGCGCACCGUACUGUCCGCGAAUGGCACCGACAUUGACGAUACCCUAGCUCGUUACGGCGAUAUGGAGUCCGCCGCUGCGCUCCCGGGUAGUGACCUCGAUGAACAAGGCCCUCGGAUGCUUGUCGACGUCAGUCCGGUCACUAGCUUCGUGGAGAUGGGACGCACCACCGCCGCUAGCUUUACACUGAACUAUCUACAGACCAUGGCCCUUCAACUCGUUUGCGUAUUUCUGGACAAGUAUACUGCCGAUCCGGACUCAGCUGGCAGUUCGGCGGCCCAGAUUGGCGGCACGACGAUCCACUCGGCCUGUGGUAUGCUGGGAGGAGCCACUCUGCACAACGUCAGUCGUCACCUGCAGGCACUCCGUGACUGUCCGGACGAGCCGUUUGGUGGGAUGCCUGUCGUUCUACUGAUGGGAGACUUCUACCAGUUCGCCCCCGUGCGGGAAACAAGCCUCCUGAUCAACAGACCGCCGGACCGAACACAGACCCCCCUGCGACAAGCCACCAUCUCUCACCACAGCGGCUGCAGAUUGUGGUACAUGUUCAAAACCGUUGUGCUCCUCGAAGACCAAGUCCGCGCACGCAACGAUCCCCAACUCCGCGCACUCCUGGAUCGAGUCCGUAACGGCCGGCAGACCCAGCAAGAUCUGAGCUUGCUCAAUGCCAACAUUGUAGGACGCUCCCAAAUCACCUUCCAUGACGGUUUGCGUGCUAUAACGCCGCUGAACCGCACCCGGUGGGCCCUCAACAUGGAAGCCGUCGUGGGCUGGGCGCGCUUCAACAGGCAGCAUAUCCGUAUCUUUGUCUCGACUCACACCUGGCGCAACGGCACGCUUUCUCCAAACAUCGUAGCGCGAACCAUAGGACAAGGUGACGACUCUGCCUGCAAAGUCCCCGGCGUCUUCUUCUACGCUCAGGGCAUGCCUGUGGUUGUGAACAAAAACAUCUACACGGGUUUGAAAGUGGAUACCACUUGGCGGAUGACGUGA